AUGUCUGGGUUUGAGAGCUUCAACACAGAGUUCUUCCAGACCAGCUACAGCAUCGAUGACCAGACCCAGUCUUACGAUUACAGCGGAAGGCCCUACAACAAGCACUAUGGAGGCUACGAGUAUGCACAGCAGAGUGGAUUUGUCCCUCCAGAGAUGGUGCCACAGCAGCAGCCUUACACCGGGAAGAUCUUCCAGCCAACACAGUCCUAUGCUCCCACCUCUGCACAGGCUUUCUAUGGAACUAACUUUGAGGAUGAGCCUCCUCUACUAGAAGAAUUGGGGAUCAACUUCGACCACAUCUGGCAGAAGACACUAACAGUGCUGCACCCAUUAAAAGUAGCAGAUGGCAGCAUCAUGAAUGAAACGGACUUGGCUGGACCAAUGGUUUUCUGCCUGGCUUUUGGAGCCACCUUAUUGCUGGCUGGCAAAAUCCAGUUUGGUUAUGUGUAUGGAAUAAGUGCAAUCGGCUGCUUGGGGAUGUUUUGUCUCCUGAACUUAAUGAGCAUGACAGGAGUCUCCUUUGGCUGUGUGGCCAGUGUCCUGGGUUACUGCCUGCUUCCCAUGAUCCUGCUCUCCACUUUUGCUGUUGUAUUUUCCUUGCAGGGGGUGAUGGGGAUCAUUCUGACAGCUGGAAUCAUUGGCUGGUGCAGCUUCUCUGCUUCCAAAAUCUUUAUCUCCACCUUAGCGAUGGAAGGACAACAGCUGCUGGUGGCGUACCCCUGCGCUCUCCUCUAUGGGGUCUUUGCUCUCAUCUCCGUCUUUUGAACAGACUGUCCACACUGUUGGACUCCAGUGGGCCAAAAUCAAACCCAUCCACUUGGAACCUUGAGCUGGACCAGAAGCAGCUGCGAACAACUGUGUGGUGUUGCUUUCUCCAACCUCAGACCUGUUCAGGAUCAGCUGGAACAAUGAAAACACAACGUCUGCUGUUCACUUCUCUUGGACUUUGAAUAUUGUUUCCAGUGACCUGAGGUGUCAGCUUUAAUAAGUGUCCAUGCUCACCAACUUCAUGUCAUUCCUUGCCCACUUCUGUAUCUUUAGAAGACAUUUGGUUCUUUGAGGGUUGGGUUUUUUGUUUGGUUUGGGUUAUUUUUUUAGGGGAGGGAGAAGGGCUGCAGUUAUCAAUAGCUAAGAUUUUUAUCCCCAGUAAUUAACAGAAAGGUUGCAGUUAUCAGUUGGUAAGAUUUUUAUCCCCAGCAGUUAACUGAAGGGUUGCAGUUAUCAGUUGGUAAGAUUUUUUUAUCCCCAACAAUUAACAGAAAAGUUGCAGUUAUCAGUUGAUAGUUUUGUGUCCUCAACAAUUGACAGGAGGGUUGCAGUUACCAAUUGAUAGAUUUUUACCCCCAACAGUUAACAGAAGGGUUGCAGUUACCAAUUGAUAGAU